AUGCAGACUAAUGCAGGGGAAAUGUUCCAAAAUAUUCUGAAUGAAAUCAGGCGCCACCCUCACAACGCGACCAAUAAUAAUAACGUCGCAAGUGGCUCAGGCACUGGAGGAACAGGUAGUGGCGGACCCCAACCGCAGCCAGAACAUGGAGCGGCUGGCCGAAAUAAUCAAGAUCUACUGCUGACAUUUAGGAAGCACAAGCCACCCUCCUUUCAAGGAGGACACGAUCCAAUAGUAGCUGUGCAGUUGUUCUUGGAGAAGUAUUUCCCGAUGUCAAUCCGGGAUAGCAAGCAAGGCGAGUUUGAUCGACUCGUGCAAGGAACCAUGACGGUGGAUCAGUAUCAUGCUAAAUUCAACGAACUACUCCGACUGGCAACUUACCGAGGAACUAUGCCCAUGCCAGACUUCCUGGCAGCAAAAUUUCAAAGGGGUUUAUCCGCUAGGAUUGCGGAACUGGUAGCUGGCAAUGACCCCUGUGACCUAGCCACCCUGGUGAACAGAUGUAGAAAGGUGGAAGCGAUAGGAUUGCAAGCAAGGAAGCCUGCAGAGACCAGCGGAUCUGGAACCAAAGCUCCGAUGGCUAAGAAUGGACAAUGGAGAGGAAAACGCGAAGGCAGACCGUGGCAGCCCAGGCGUGAUGGUAAUAAGUUCAAGAGGCCCGGGAAUCCUCGAGGAAACGGCAAUAGGGCUCCCAAUUGCCCCAAAUGUAAGAAGGCCCAUUUUGGCAACUGUUUGAAUGGGUCGACACAAUGUUACAAGUGCGGCCAAGAAGGACACUUCAUCAAAGAUUGUCCACAAUGGGGAGAACAACAGACAGCCGCUGAGGCGCCAAGAGUGGGCAGAGUGUACACGCUGGAUCAACAUGUGGCGGACCAGGCGGCCGAACUAGUUAAAGGUACGAUCAAUAUAUGUGAUGAAGAACUAUCUGUUUUAUUUGACUCUGGUGCGACCAAUUCCUUCAUUGCUGAUUAUGUGGCAAAAGCCUUUAACCUAACUAUGAGCCCAAUGCAAUCCCCUAUGCAAGUCACCUCUGCGACGGGGGAACCGAAGUAUAAUAGUCGGCGGGGAUAUGAUGGGGACCCCACUCCCCAAUACUCCACCGGUCGAAUCGGGAGAUUGCACUUUCAUGCUAAUAGCCGGUCUAGUAGGUGCGAGCGAGAUCCCGUUGAUGAACAUUCCCGUGGUCAAAGAAUUCGAGGAUGUAUUUCCUGA